AUGGCGAUGGGGAUCCAAGCACAACAGUGCGGUGGGGCUGCAACUUCUGGGUCUGGUUCGUCCGGUGCCACUUCUGUACCUACGUCAUCUGGCAGUGGUAGUGGUACUGCCACUGGCACCCCGUCCUCCGUACUGACCAACCCUUAUGGUACAGGAGGAGGUACCACAACCCCCACGUCGCUCUCUCAGACAGGUACGGGAAUACCGUCUACUAGCACCGGACCAUCCGGGACCGGGGCUGAGACUGGGACCGAAACUUCUGGCGGAUCUUCGACAUCCCAGACACAAUCCCAAAACGCUGCUCCUUCAUUCGGCGGGACACUCAUCUUCAUGCAUGAUAUUGUUGCUGUCUGUGUAGUGUGGAUGGGCAUUAUCGUCGGAGGGGCGUUGGUUCUAUAA